UCGACCUCUCCAGCACCCCCGGGCCGGGCGGCGCGUCGGGCCCCCGAGCGCGGGGGGCGAAGGGGCGUCCGGCGAGGAGGAGUGGGGGGGGGCUGGCGUCGACCCCUCCCCGCGUCCCGGGCCCCGGCGCUGAAUCACCGGCGAGGUUUCUGCAAACACGUGAGCCGAGCUGGACGCCCAGAGUCCAGCCUAAGAAGACGCUGCUGCCCGCGGCUGGAAUGCCCCACCAGCCUUCCGCCUGAGCCCAGCGGCUGCUGCCCACUCGCCCCUCGCCACCCUGCACUGCCCCGGCUCCCCCGCGGCCCCCACGCUGCAGUGCGGCCGGGCCCCGUCCCCGCAGGGGCCGCCCGCCCCUGGUACCCGGGGCGGCCCGGCCCGCCGGGCCAUGAAGCUGCAGGCGGUGAUGGAGACGCUCCUGCAACGGCAGCAGCGGGCGCGCCAGGAGCUGGAGGCCCGGCAGCCCCCCGAGCCCCCCGCCAACGCCGCCGCCGCGCCCCCGCCGGCCCCCCGCGCCCGGCCGCCCCCGGAGGAGGACCGGGAUGCGGACACUGCGCGGAUGCAGCGCGCGCAGAUGGCCGCGCUGGCCGCGAUGCGCGCGGCCGCCGCGGGCCUGGGCCACGCGGCCGGGGCCAGCAGCUCCGAGGAGGACGAGGCGGCGGCGGCCAGCGGCGAGGCCGGGGCCGCGUCCCCCAGCGCGGACACCGCCGAGGGCCCGGGCCCGGGCGGCGAAGGGGACCAGGACGAGCACUCGGAGAACGAGGCCUCCGAGGAUGAGCUAAAGCCGAAGUGGGAGGAAGAAGAGGAGGAAGAGCUGGAGGAGGAGGAGGAGGAAGAAGAGGAGGAGUACGAGGAAGACGACGAGGAAGGGCUGGGCCCCCCCGGCCCCGCCGCCCUGUUCCCCCGCAAGGCCCAGCCGCCCCCCACCUUCCGCAGUGGCGGGGAUGGACCCCGGGCGCUGGGUGGCCAGGACCGCGCCGGGGCUGGGCCGGCCGCGGUCGGGGGCGCCGCCCACGUGUUCCCCCCAAUGCAGCCGCCUGACCACGGGGACUGGACCUACGAGGAGCAGUUCAAACAGCUCUACGAACUGGACGGGGACCCCAAGCGGAAGGAGUUUCUGGACGAUCUGUUUAGCUUCAUGCAGAAGAGAGGGACGCCCGUGAACCGGAUCCCCAUCAUGGCCAAGCAGGUGCUCGACCUGUUCAUGCUGUACGUGCUGGUGACGGAGAAGGGCGGCCUGGUGGAGGUGAUCAACAAGAAGCUGUGGCGCGAGAUCACCAAGGGCCUCAACCUGCCCACGUCCAUCACCAGCGCCGCCUUCACCCUGCGCACGCAGUACAUGAAGUACCUGUACCCCUACGAGUGCGAGAAGCGCGGCCUGAGCAACCCCAACGAGCUGCAGGCGGCCAUCGACAGCAACCGGCGCGAGGGCCGGCGCCAGAGCUUCGGGGGGUCCCUCUUCGCCUACUCGCCGGGGGGCGCGCACGUGCUGCCCUCGCCCAAGCUGCCCGUGCCCGCCCUGGGCCUGGCCGCCAGCACCAACGGCAGCGCCAUCAACCCAGCCCCCAAGAUCAAGAAAGAGGAGGACUCUGCCAUCCCUAUCACCGUCCCCGGCCGUCUGCCUGUCUCCCUGGCAAGCCACCCGGUGGUGGCGGCCCAGGCAGCGGCUGUACAAGCUGCCGCUGCGGCCCAGGCAGCCGCCUUGGAGCAGCUGCGGGAGAAGCUGGAGUCCGGGGAGCCCCCUGAGAAGAAGAUGGCGCUAGUGAGCGACGAGCAGCAAAGGCUUAUGCAGAGGGCGCUGCAGCAGAACUUCCUGGCCAUGACGGCCCAGCUGCCCAUGAGCAUCCGCAUCAACAGCCAAGCCUCUGAGAGCCGCCAGGAUGCAGCCGUGAGCGUGACCGGACCCAAUGGCAGCAACAGUAUUAGCAUGUCAGUGGAGAUUAACGGGGUCAUGUACACAGGAGUGCUUUUCGCUCAGCCGUCAGCACCCACGCCCUCCACAGCCCCCAGCAAAGGCAGCAGCCGGGGAGGGUCCAGCAGCAGCGGUGGUGGCGGCGGCGGCAGCAGUGGCAGCAGCGGUGGCAGCAACAGCAGCGGCGGCGGCAGCAGCAGCCAGGCGGGAUCUGCGGGGCUCUGCGCGCCCCCGACAUCUACCUCAAACAAUUCAUUGCCUUAACCGUACCUCUCCUCACCUGCCGCUUUCCACUACCCCAACACCUCCUGGACCGGGCAGCAGGGUCGCAGGAGAACGGGAAGAAGGAGACACAGGUGGGGAGGGUCGACAUUCAGAAAGGACCCACAGCUAACGCCAAAAACGAAACAAAAAAAAAAAAAAAAAGAAAAAGAAAAAAAUAGAGAUACGUAUAUAUAAAUAUAUAUAUAAAGAAAAUUUAAUAAAACAGGGGAAAACGAAGGAACACUUGAAUUACUCAGGCCUCGGACACUCAGAGAGAGAGGGAGAGAGAGAGAAAGAGAGAGGCGGGGGGGAGGCUGUGAGAUCAGCCCAGGAAGAGGGGAGAGAGGCAGGUGGACCCCUGCCCCGUGGCCCCCAGCGCCUGGAAUAGGCACUUCCGGGGGUGGGGCGAUGUCAGACCACGUGAUCUAAGCCACGCCCAUGUCAGUUGCCUCACGCUGGCGCUGAACCUUGUGGCUUUUUCCAUUAUUUUUUUUCCUUGGAUUUUUUUUUUUUAAUCUUUUUUUUUUUUUUAAACGAUCUAUAGUGUCUUCAUGACUCGCACUCACCACACCUUGCUCCUUGAGUUGAGAAAAGGAACCCGGAGCCACUUACUGUCAUUUUUUUUUUCUUGGUGAUUUUUUUUUUCCCUCUCCCCCACCUCUUUGUGGCUCUCGGGAACUGUUGUUUUUUUUUUUUUUUUUAGUGGGAAUGAAAUAGCGCUAAUAUGCACACUUCAUAGGUUUUUGUCUUUGAAAGAAAAUAUGUGCGUGGGGGUUUCAUUUUGUAAAUAUUCUAUUUUAUUUGGGGGGUGCGGUAAGAAAUCAGACCUUGACCAAGAGAGAUCAGUAUACAGGUAUAUAUUUGUGCUCGUCCAGGGAAAUGACUUGAAAACAAAAACAAAAAAAGGGACCCCGGAGUCCUCCUGCUGGCCCGUGUGGGUCCCUGGCUGGCGUGUGGCCGGGCGGGCAGGGUGCUGGAUUCUUGGGGAGACACCAGCAGAGGUAAACUCAGGUGCUGGGGGGCUGUGGGGGGGGUGCAUGGUGAAUGAAGCCCUCCCCCCGCCCUCUGUGAUGCUUAUUCUCCUGCUUGCAUUGCAUGGGGGGUGGGGGGGCUCUCUGGGGCAAGAAUCUGGAAGUCUUAAGGAGAAAGAGCUAGAAAAAAAAUCCCACCCCCACAUGGCCCCCAGGCUUCGUCUCAGGGAUGAAUUUGAC